AGGUCAUCGUGAGGUCAUCGUGAGGUCAUCGUGAGGUCGUCGUGAGGUCAUCGUGAGGUCGUCGUGAGGUCGUCGUGAGGUCGUCGUGAGGUCGUCGUGAGGUCAUCGUGAGGUCACCGUGAGGUCACCGUGAGGUCAUGGCGGGGAUGAGCAGCGGCGUCUGUGUGGAGAGCGACCUGUCCUCCAUGCUGCAGAGAAGCUCCGCCCCCUCACACCACCAUCCCAAUCACCAUGGUUACGGAGGCCAGGGACAGGUCUCGGGUCUGGCCCCGAUGCUGGACUACACCACGGAGAUGGACCGCUACCGCUCGUCCAUCGCCAGCUUCUACAAAACCAACGUCAACAUGAACGUGACGAACUUCCCCCAGUCGGCCAAGCUGGCGGCCAUCUUCCCGCCCGCCGCUAGUGCCGCCGCGGCCGCCGCCAGGCUGGGCGCCAUGGCGACGGCGGGGCCCUGGGGUUGCCACGACAACGUGAACAUGAACCACCACCCGGCGGCGGCCAUGUUCUGGGGCCGGCGGGCGACGGCGCCCACGCCCACGCACCCGCACCACCACCACGCCGCCGCCGCGCCGGGUCACAUGACCUCCUCGCACCCCCACGGGACCAGCAUGCACCAGGGCGGCGGCGGCGGGAGCGGGGCCGCCGGCGGGGGCAGCGAAGGGGGCGGAGCCGAGAAACACGGACACGCCGCCGCCGCACAGGGGACGCAGCACCACCACCCUAGCAUGGCGCCUAGCAACGGGAACUUCCUGCCGGCGGGCUACGGCGGCGAGUGCAGCGGCGUCAUGAACAAGCAGGGACACGCGGACAUGAUGGGGCUAGCGGACGCAGCUAACGCCGGCGGAGCGGUGAUGGGCGGCAGCUUCCUGGGGGGGCUGGGGUUACCGCCCGGGGUCAUCGUCAUGGCGAUGGGCUCGCCUGACGCCGCCGCCGCCGGCAGCGCCUUCCAGAUGACGCACGGCGGCAGCGGCGGUGGGCAGCGGGCGCUAACGGACUGCCAGCAGCACGCUAACUCCUCGCCCUGCCCCUCGUCCGCCUCGCCCUCGUCGUCGGGGGCAACGGCGGGCGUGGGCGGCGUGUCCCUGUCGUCCCUGUCGUCUCUGUCGUCCUCGUCGUCCUCGUCGUCCGCCGGGACGGCGGCGGCCAAGAGGAAGAGGAAGCGCUGCGGCGUCUGCGGGCCGUGCCGGCGGCUCAUCAACUGCGGCGUCUGCUCGUCCUGCCGCAACCGCAAGACGGGACACCAGAUCUGCAAGUUCAGGAAGUGCGAAGAGCUGAAGAAGAAACCGGGCGGCGGCGGAGGAGGAGGAGUUCUGGAGCGGCCGCCUUCCGUCCCGACCGGAGAGGCGUUCCGGUGGUUCUUCUAGCCCCCCUGGACCAGAACUGGACCAGAACUCCUGGACCAGAACUCCUGGACCAGAACUCCUGGACCUGAAGACCAGAUUCUGGAGCAGGAUUUGAUCAGAACACAAAAACCUGAUUCAGGGACCUCGCUGGACCGGAACCGGAGGAACCGGAGGAAUUGGAGGAACCGGAGGAGGAGGAAGAAGGGCGGUCCAUCACAGGAAAGAGGAGGGAACCAGAUCUGCCGGUCCGGUUUUCACACAAACCCCUGUAGCUGGUCCUGGACCAAAAACCAG